ACUAGCGCGCAGUUGUUGGAAACAGUCAGUAGUUGCAGUACCUGCAGUGCGGGCACUGCCUUGCUCUUCAUCCUGUCCUGAACUAGCCGAGGCUACACUCUAAUUUAAACUAAAGGCUGAAAGCGAGGGAACACAGGCGCCUUUGGCUUUGUACAAAGCAAAGAGUGAAUUUACAGGUGCCAACUUGAAUGUCCGCAGCGUUUGCCUCUGACUUGGUGGCAGUAUCAACGUCUCACUGCCAAGCAUUGGAUGCAAGUAGCAGCAUAACAGCAGCAUAACAUGUCACAGCAUCGCGGUUUCCCCGGAGGUCAAGAGCAUAGUGAGGCGUGCAGAGCCCGGUCCCGUGAUCGCCCAACGUCUCCUGGCCGGCAGGACUCGUCACGCUCUCGCUCUCCGUUGGCAAUGGAUAGAGAAGUUAACCAACAUGUGUUAGCCCAUUUGCCGGAAAUUGAGCAUCUACCUGAUGGUAUGGAAGACGACGACCUGAUUGCAAUGGAAGAUGAAGAUGAUGCAGACAUGGCAGGCCCGUAUGGUUCAGAUGAUGAAGAAAUUGAUGCUGUAAUAGCAUUUAGAGAUUAUAAACUAGCCCGCGUUCAUGAUGUACAUGUGCAAACAGACAAUGUCCAUGUAAUGGAUGGUGACAAUGAUGUAGUGGCAGGCAAUGACGUAAAUGCUGGCGUAAUGGCCGGCCAUGGCGACGAUGUAAUGGAAGUCCUUAAUAGCAAUGAUGUAAUAGCAGGUCCUGAUCCGAACAAUGUCGAUCACAAUGCAUGUGCAAUGGAGUGUCAUGUACCUGCUGCUAAGUCGUCUAUCUCUCAGUCGAUCAUCAGACCAGAUGGAAGGCGGGAUGUUGCUGUGGGAACUGAUCGUGAUGCCGCAGACAAAAGCGGCGCACUGCCGUGCGAUCGGCCCGGCCCUGCACCCGUCCCAGACGUAAAUUUUAGCGAUUACGAUGACAACUUACUCAGCAGCAGUUCCGAGGAGUCCGAUGACGAUGUUGCUGUAGGCUCUAGAACUCCCAGGAGCCCGAUUCGGAAGGAAACUAUUCCACCUGAUGUCGACGUCGGCUUAGAGUAUCCCAUGGACGACGGAGCAGCCGAAGGAGCAGCCGAAGGUGCGCGUGGAACAGGAAAGGGGAUGAUCUACGGAGAACUGACCCUUCUCGGAACAUCCAUAUGUCCGGAAGCGAUCAGCUCCAUAAAGAAGACGUUCACCCUGCGCAAGAGAGAGCACCCCAAUGGCCUGGCCCCUCUGCGUGAUAACGUGACGAAUAAUAACACUGGUCGCAAACAACCAUUCACGCUCACUGUCUGUUUCAGUGAAACGGAUAAGUCUGAGGUCCUGUUUGGCUAUGACCGAGACUGCGAUAUGUUUCAGAUUGGACGAUCAGUGAGUUCUCAAAUCGACUAUCGAGUUCUGGACACAAUUAGUCACCCUAGCAAGGAGUCCUACCAAAGACAUGUUGCUACUGGUAGUAAAGUUUCACGAUAUGCAUUGCGAAUCCAAGUCAGCCGCAAACCACCGCACAUUGCUCGGAUAUUUGCAGCCGGAUUCGAUAGCAACAACAGGAUAUUCAUUGGUGACCAUGCACCACAGUGGAGGACACCGCCAUUUGCUGAUGGCAUGACAACAAACGGAGUGUUCAUUUCUCAUCCUGCCAGGGACGAGAAAGGAGAAAGAAAAUGGUCCGAGGUAUCCGUGUUGGGCAAAACCUACGGCAUGCGAACCUACAAGUCUGACACGGCCGAUAAGGUGGAGAUCACUUGCGGUAAACGGUGUCGAGAGACUGACAACGUCUUGAGAGACGGAACGCUGAUCGACAUCUUUGGCGCAAUGCUAAUCUACCGCACUCGAGCGGGAAUGUCCAGGCAUCCGUCGAACAAGGUCCUGGCCGCCAUGUGCUGUGCGGUGCGACUAUGCCGCCCGAUUUGCCCCAUCGGUCUGCACAGCAUAAAGAUCGACACUACAGAGGUGACCGAGGCUGACGUGCGUUACGCAGAGCUGCAACUGGGGUGGAAAUCUGACAGCAGUUCCAGUGCGCUGGACCAGAUAUCUCUCAAGACGGCUGCUGCUUUUACCAAGUGUGGCCAUGUGGUGGGUGCCGGGCGCUGGACGGGGAAUCUAGCCUUCAGCAUAUGGGACACCGUGUGUCCACUUUGUAAGCAGAAAAGCAGGCAGUAUCCAAUCAGAUUCUGCGGAGAUCCUGGAAUUUAUGUGAACUCGGACAUGCCCCUGUGUAUGUUCGUGCCAUGCGGUCACUCCGUGUCCUACUCAACUGCAAAGUUGUGGAGCUCGAUCAGUCACCCUCAGCGUUUCGACAAUAGCCCGUUCUGCCCGACGUGUUUGAAACCACUGGACAAUCAGCAGCCGUUUGUUCGCUUGCACUUUCAGCUUGCGGAUCGGUAGAGGAUGUGCCUGGCGCGAUCGUCAGGGACAGGCGUGGCGGUACGUGUACUCCUGGAGAGCUCUCGCGGAGUGCAUUUAUCAGGCGCGCGGUACAUCGUUGGAAUCACUGUGUACGGGUUUCAGAGCAUUCACUAACUACAGUCCUAUAGUCCUCUACUCACACAGUAUUGUUCAUGUUCUAAGCAGGUGUAGGUUGGAGAGGACUCGUUCUUGGCUCACUACUACAUGACGUAUCAGGUUGCGGGCCGUCGGUCCCUGGAGAAGAGUCUCGUCCAACCCAUCUAACUUGUCUUCUCGUGUGCAGCGCACAGCUGGUGCAGGCAUGGUCGGGGGGGGGGGGGGGGGUUGUUACGUGUAAAUGUCCCGGUUCAUCGUACGGACGUAUGGCUUUUUGUGUGGUUGUCCCAAUCAUAUUAUGUCGUGUCUAUUGUGUCGUGUCUUGAUUACUGAUUGUUUUUGUCCGAAUCAGGCCCAGGCAAAUUUCGUGUACUGUCCGUGUUGGCGUUAUUUUGACUCUCAGAUUUCCGGCUUUAUCCAAGUACACACUCACCUACCCAAUCUGCACACUGUGCUGCAAGUACAUGCCGCUGUGCUUUCAAUAUGCCGGUAGUUGUUUUUAAUCUGGUUUUUUAAAACGUUUCUGUGUGUGCCGGCGCAGCGUGUGUGACUGCAGCAUGUGUAAACACGGUUUUUAUUUUGAUUAUCAUACUUUCAUGGAUGGUGUUGUUGCUGCUGCUGCUUCUGCUUUUGCUGCUGCUGCUGCUGCUGCUGCUGCUGCUGCUGCUGCUGCUGCUGCUGCUGCUGCUGCUGCUGCUGCUGCUGCUGCUGCUGCUGCUGCUGCUGCUGCUGCUGCUGCUGCUGCUGCUGCUGCUGUUCUUUACAAGAAGAUUGGUCGCAGAUCCUUUAAAAACU